AUGAAAUUAUUUAUAUUAACUAUCAUUUGGUACUUACCAUUAAUAGUACAUAGUCAAUUAUCGUCAUGCUCAUGCCAUUUAGACAAUACAGGUAUGACAAUGACAUGUGACAAUGUUAAUACACUUUCUGAUUAUCAACAAUGUAUACAUGAUCAACUUAAUUUACAAUCAGAUUUAAAAUUAAGACGUGGUGGUAUUAUUACAAAUUUAACUAUAAAAAAUCAUCAAUUUCAUAGUUUAUCAAAUGGCCUUUUUCAAUUUACAUAUGGAAAUACUUUUUAUCAAUUAAGUGAUUUACGUUAUUUAUAUAUUAUAAAUGGUAAAUUAAAACAAAUAGAAAAUCGUUCUUUAGCAUUAAUUGAACGAGCACUUGAAUAUCUUGAUUUAUCCUAUAAUGAACUUGAAUAUAUGCCGAAAUUAUCAAAUACGAAUGACGAGUAUAAUAACCUUAUAAAAUUAAUUUUAUCACACAAUCAAAUUCGUCGAUUAACAAUAUCGGAUAUUCGAGCAUAUAAUCAUUUACAAGAACUUGAUUUAUCAUUUAAUUAUCUUCAAUAUGUUGAUAUGUCUAUAAUUAAUCAUUUAACUAAUUUAAGACAAUUAUUUUUAAAUUCAAAUAUGUUACGAACAUUAAUAAAUAAUAUCACAUUUCCAAAUAAUUUUCAUUUGAAAUUAAGUUCAAAUCCAUUAGAAUGUGAUUGUCGACUUCGUUGGUUACGUAAUGGAUUAAAUCGUCUUCAAUAUCCAAUUUUUCAUGAUGAACCACAAUGUGAAAUGCCAAAAGUUUUAGCUGAUAGAAAAAUGACGACAUUACAUGAUGAACAAUUUGUUUGUGGACCAAUUAUAUCAAAACCUGAUGUAACAGUUUUUAUUGUAGCACUAGGAGAAAUUGCUACACUUCGAUGUGAUGUUUAUUCUGAUCCAGGACCUGAAGUUUGGUGGACAUUUCAAAAUAAAAUUAUUGGUAAAAUGGUAACAGCUAUUAAUGAACCUGAUAUUCAAACUGGUUCAUAUACAAUUCGUUAUUCAUGUUUAUUAACUUCAAUGGAUAUAUUAUCUCCAACUUGUUUAAAUCGAACAACAACAUUAACAAUAUCUAAUAUAGGUUCAGAACAUAAUGGAACCUAUAAUUGUGUUGCUGCUAUACGUAAUCAAGGACGUUCAGAUAAUGAAUAUCUGUCAUAUGAAUUAAAUGUUCGACGAACAACAUCAUUAACUGAUAGUUCAUUACUGCUAUGGAUUAUUGGAAUAUUUCUAUUUCUAUUUUUAUUUCUUCUUAUAUUAUUAUGUUUUUGUUGGAUUUUUCGUUGUCAUCGAACAAAUCGAAAUCAAGCUGAAAGAAAUAAAGCAUUAUUAUUUAAUACAAUGGAACAUCGUAAUGGUUCAUUAACAGGAAAUGGACAUUGUUAUAAAGAUAAACAAGAUGAACAUCAAAGUUUUGUUGCAAAUGGAACUUAUGAUCCAUAUGAUAUGGUUGAUUCAAGAUCACAACUUGGUCCACCUAUGUAUAGUGAAGUACGAUUAGUUGAUUCAACACCAUUGAGAAGUAUCAACGGAAAUGGAUCAAUGUCAUCAACAUUAUUACGUCGUAAUGAUCCAUUUUAUGAUAGUUGCCGAUCAGAUAGACAACUUUAUGAACAAAUAUAUCGACCAUCACCUCAUGAACCAGCAAUUGUUGAUGAAUUCGAAGAUGAAAUGAUAUUUCCUACUGGUUAUGAAGAAGAUUAUCAAUAUCGUGAAGAUAUAAUGAAACCAAAUCAACCUGUUGAUCCUCGACGACAAACAAAAGUUCAACAUACAAAUCAUGAUCGAUCAAAUCGAACUCUUAUUUUACCUUCACAUACUCCUCCUAUUAUUAAUGAUACGAAUCAUUUAUCUCAUCAACAUCUAUCCAAUGGAAUAGAUUCAAAUUAUAAUUUUGAUAGAUCGGAAUCUCAAUAUGCAGGUUUAGUUGAAUCCCAACUCUAG